CCCAUCCAUCAUGGCUGCCUGGCUAAGACAAUUUAUUGACCACCGUCCAGUGAUCCUACCCAGUACAUUCAUUGCUCGUCAAGGAAAGGACCUCCAAGGCUAUUUCCCUGGGCAGCUGGCAAGAGUCCAUUUUGAUUAUAGUGUCAAGCGAUCUCCCAGAUCUCUCAUAGACUUGGCAAUUCCACCCAAGAGAAGAAGUCAGUAUCCACCUCAAUUAGACCAACAAACUCUCAUUCGAUAUAUUUGUUUUCGAAGACAUUCAAAGCCUGUCGAACCAUGGUAUAAAGAAACCACUUACCAAAGAGACUACUCUCUGCCAUUUUACAAGAUUGAUUGGAACCAGAAAUUAGCCACAGUUUCAUCAAAUCCUGGACCACUGAAUUCACUGCCAGAACUCUACUGUGGCGAAGAGAGGUGGUGUUGAAAUAAAAGCUUUAAACUAAAUAGCUAUGGCAUUUAAACAACACAACAUUUGGCGUUCUUGGGUAACUCUUUUUGGCCUAAAAUAAUGAUAACACAACUACUUUUUUUUUUUUUAACUGAGCCAUCCUGCCACCUGUUGGCAGAUCAGCAGAGCUCAGCUCAG